AUGGCUCCAGUCGUCUUGGUAACAGGUUGCACUACCGGUGGCAUUGGCCACGGACUCUGUAAACAAUUUGCUGCCAAGGGAUGUCGCGUCUACGCUACUGCUCGAAAAGUGGAAAACAUGACAGGUCUUGAAGGCUGUGAACUCAUCGCACUCGACGUGAACGAUCCCGCGUCCGUGAAUGCAGCAGUAGAGGGCGUGAUUACCAAAGAAGGACACAUUGAUAUCCUUGUCAAUAAUGCUGGUGCUCCUGCUAUUGGACCUCUCAUGGAGAUUGAUCUGGAUGUGGCCCGCAGAUGCGUAGAAACCAACGUGUUCGGUACCUUGGCCAUGUGUCGUGCGGUGGGAAAGCAUAUGGCAGAGCGUGGAUCUGGCAAGAUUGCCAAUGUGGGAUCGGUGGUUGGCUAUUGUUCCACUCCUUGGGCUGGCAUCUAUUCCUUGUCCAAAGCGGCCGUUCAUUCCAUGACAGAUGCUUUGCGACUUGAGUUGGAGCCUUUUGGUGUUCAAGUGGUGCUUGUGGCUCCUGGAUCUAUCAAAUCUAAUUUCGGUCAUGCAGCAACUGGCACCGUCAGUAUUCCAGAAGAUACCAUGUACAAGUCGGUGAUCAAGCACAUCUAUGCACGCGCAACCAUGUCUCAAGGUCCGGGUGCAACACCCACGGAUGACUUUGCUGCCAAGGUAGCUGGCAAACUAUUGGGAUCACCACCUCGUUACAUUACCUAUGGAGCCAAAUCAUUCGCAUUCCUCUUGUUUUAUUACUUGCCAUUCUUUGUCAAGGACUUUGUACUCAAGAGAAUGCUUGGUGUGAAUGAACUCAAGCGUGUGAAAUAA